AAAGAAAAAAGGUUUUAAUACGCCAUCUCACUUGACUGCCAAAUAGUAAAAGGCGGAAACCGACGGUAAAAUGGUUCUCUAACAAAAUCAAACCAGCUCUUAAGGAAAACAAGAAUGAGUGACCUAAAACGUCAUUUUGACCAAGGCCUGAAAUCAUACACUUACACAAACUAAAUGCCCUAUUGUAACAUUACUAACGGAAACUGUUUUUUCUUGAAAAGACUGGAUCGAAUUUUUUUAUUACACAAAAGCUUGAAUUAUUAAGCGAUUAGAACAAGCUUGAAGUUAUGUCAUCCUAAAUGUCAGUAACUGUUCAAAGAAAGAAAAAACUUCGAAGAUAUGAGAGAUUUAUGCAAUAUCAUCACUUUAUUUUGACAAACAUACCACUCCCUCGCACUUUCCUAAAGGAUGAGACAGUCCAGAUUAUUCCCUUCACUGCUGAAGCGAAUUCUCUCCCAGACUGCCUGCUUUAGUUCCAGCCCCAAACCUGUACCAGUCUGUAUAGUAGGCAGUGGACCAGCAGCUUUUUACACGGCUCAACAAAUACUUAAAGGAGAUGCGUCUGUAGAAGUGGACAUUUAUGAACGUCUUCCAGUGCCUUUUGGAUUAGUUCGAUAUGGGGUGGCACCUGACCACCCUGAAGUAAAAAAUGUUAUUAAUACUUUCACAAAGACUGCCAGUCAUGAUCGCUGUACGUUCAUUGGUAAUGUCACAGUUGGGAGAGAUGUCACCAUCAAGCAAUUGAGGGAAUCCUAUACUGCUGUUGUUUUGGCUUAUGGAGCAGAUUCUGAACGGAAACUAAAUGUUCCAGGGGAGAAACUGCCAAAUGUAUUCUCAGCUCGACGUUUUGUUGGCUGGUAUAAUGGUUUGCCUGAAAACAAAGAUUUACCAGUUGACCUUAAUGUCGAAAGUGUUGCAAUCAUAGGACAUGGCAAUGUCGCUUUAGAUAUUGCAAGGAUUCUGUUGACCCCAAUAGAUCUGUUGAAAAAAACUGACAUUGCAGAACAUGCAUUAUCAGUGCUGGCCACAAGCCAAGUGAAGCAUGUUCACUUAGUCGGUCGUCGUGGUCCACUACAUGUGGCCUUUACUAUUAAAGAACUGCGAGAAAUGAUUCAUUUACCAGAAGCCCGCCCUGUGAUGGAAAAAGAUGACUUCAUAUCUUUAGACAGUUUCUUGGAAGCUCUACCUCGUCCUCGCCGUCGGCUCACUGAACUGCUUUAUAAGACAGCUAUUACACCAACUGAGAAAGACUUGAAAAUGUGGAAAGAUGCAAUUCGCAAAUGGUUUUUGCACUUUCAGAGAAGUCCAAGGGAGAUAAUCAGUGAUGCGUCAUCAAAAGUAACUGCUGUAAGAUUAACAGUCAACCAACUAGAGGGUGAAGAACCAUUAAACGAGAAAGCAGUUCCUACAAAUGAAACAGUCGACUUACCAUGUGGAUUGGUACUCAGCAGCAUUGGUUACCAGAGUAUUCCAUUAGAAUCACAUUUACCAUUUGAUGCAGUUAAAGGAAUAAUGCCAAAUGACAAGGGCAGAGUCACUGGUGCCGAUGGUGUUUACUGUUCUGGUUGGUUGGGUCGUGGUCCAACUGGAGUCAUUCUUAACACCAUGAAUGAUGGAUUCAUAACUGCAAAAACACUUCUCAAAGAUCUAAAAGCAAAUGUAUUAGACUUAAACAAGCCAGGGAAAGAGGUUAUUCUUCAGCACCUAAAAAAUAUUGGUGUGCAAACAGUUUCUUUUGAUGAUUGGACCAAGAUUGACCAAAUAGAAACCUCAAAUGCGAAACUAACUGAACGUCCUCGAGAGAAGAUUGUUGAUGUUGAGAAGAUGUUGAAAAUAGCUGCCUCUUAAUGAUAAUUGUUCUACCUAGAAUGAAUUAGUCACUUGUUGUUUGUUUUUGUAAUAAAGCAUAUUUAUUUUCAUCAAUA